UCCGGUCAUCUCCAGUCUUCCAGCUGUCGUGUUUCUGCUCUGAACGGCUCAGAUGGACCGAUCCGCACAGGAGCUGUUUAUGAACUUUAUGAUUGUGUUGAUCACAGUUCUGCUCAUGUGGUUACUGGUCAAACAAUAUCAGGCUGCAUGAGGAGCUCAUUCCUCCUCAUCAUCAUCAUCAUCCUCAGCUGUGAUGAUGAGCUCCAGCACUGGACGAUGAUGUUUCUGCAGACGGAUGGAAGAUCUGCCAGUCAGGAUGGAUCGUCUCAUGAUGCCUUCAAAAGCAGCACAGUUUGUCCG